UCAUCUUGAAGAAAUAAAAAAGGAUCUCAAAGAUGGCCAGCUGAAAGAUAACCUUAGCUGGAAARAGAAUAUAGGAAAGUACAGACGAUUUCUCCUUUAUGUAGCACAAAAUGCAACUUGGAAAUGGCAAAAAAUCGGGGGAAUGCUUGAUAUUAAACAUAACAAGUUAGAUAGUUUGAGAUGUGAUUAUCAAUCUGAAGGCAACGCAGAACAAACGUACCAAAUGUUGGUUUACUGGACACAGAGUGACAAGAAUCCGUCCUUAGAGAAACUUGUAGUCGCAUUAAUUGAAAUCACCGAUGAUGUCAAAGAUGUUUGGAAAUUUCUUGGGAGGUACCUUGGCAUUGAUGAAAGCACCAUCCACUCCAUAAAGAUGGAUAAUCGUGACAAUACCCGGGAACAGGCUAGGCAGAUGUUUGUCAAGUGGAAGCAGAGUAACGGCCGUCGUGCAACAACAGGGGUUCUUAUUAAUGCACUUCGUGAUGUUAGAAAAUCAAAUGUCGUAACAAACGUUCAAGUAUGGGAAAGACAAACCCAGUUAUUUWAGAAGUCAACUUCAACCAGUUUCUAGUGUAGAUGUCAAGUGAUCGUGAUGGCCUGUAUUCAUUCCUUGUAAAAGAUUAUCAAAACGUCCAAUAGGAAUGCUUAUCGGCCAGGUUGGUAAUGGAGUUAUACUACAAGGUAGAAGAGAACCGUUACCAACAUCAUGGCAGUUAUGAACGUUAAAAAUAUUGCGCUAAAAGCACACGAUACAUUGAUCUGUAUACUGAGGUUAGUUAGUAAAUUAAAUUAAAUAUUUGGCACAAAUAGAAUUUUUAUGUGUCAUGCCGAUCUUUUUAAUUACGUACGUUAUGUAGCACGUAAACCUCAUGCGAUCGGAAUGAAUGUAAAAUUACUAUCCAUAUUUAGUCUAUCUCUUAUGUAACCGCAAGUGAAAGUAAAAUUACUAUCCAUAUUUAGUCAGCUAUCUCUUAUGUAAUCGAAAUGAAUGUAAAAUUACUAUCCAUAUUUAGUCAUAUAUCUCCUAUGUAAUCGAAAUGAAUGUAAAAUUACUAUCCAUAUUUAGUCAUAUAUCUCCUAUGUAAUCGAAAUGAAUAUAAAAUUACUAUCCAUA